AUCUGAGUGUUAUCACUGGUCCGGAGUCAUUUAUUUGAAGCACCACCAGGGGAUCUAAAACAAACAGUGAAUACCAUCCAUGUGGUGAUUCCCCUUGUCAAUCCCCAUGGGACCUCCUCGUACAAUAACCCUCCUCUUCCGGAAUAGGUCAUCGGCUCUUUGAUCAUCCGGGCCUCUAUGGCAUCUGUUCCUGCAGCGUCGGUUUUUUCUCUGCCACUCACGCCAUGGCAACAACCUUCUAGUGUGCGCGUGGCCCAGUAUGAGCCUAGGAAACGCAAGAAGGAUCUUGAUGACUGGGGAGACAAUGAUGAGGAUGUCGACGGAGACACAACCGAUGCUGCAUCGGAGGCAGCUCCUCCUGGCCCGUCACUUACUCUAUCCCCUGAUGAAGCCCAUCAAUAUCGCAUUGCCGGCCUCUCUUUCGACCAAGAAUUACCAGGGGGAAACUUCCCGCAUGCGCCGAUGAAAUGUCAACCUACUCGUCGGCAGACCCGGAAUCGGGUUCUGAAAGAGUUGACCUCCCUAUCGUCUCCGAUCUAUCCUCCCCAGUCUGCGGCUCAUCAGGGAAACCUUCGUCUGCAACACUUGGCCGUGCUGUCUUCCAUCCUCCAUCGUUGUCUCCUUCAGAAAGACUUCGUCCGAGCAGGUAGGGCGUGGGGUUUAAUCCUCCGUGAAGAAAUCGGGGGCACUCCAGUUGACGUUCGCACUGAAGGAAGAUGGGGUAUCGGCGCGGAAAUCUUGCUCCGACGUGGCUGUCAGAACCCGGACAUGGCAUCUGGCAAUGCGCAGGAGGGUGACGCAGGACACUCUGCAGCACCGUCGUCCGGACUGCUUUUCACACGGGAAGGAUUCGAAAAUGCCAAGCAGUACUACGAAAGGCUCAUCAUUCAGCACCCAUACCGGAAAGCAGCCCCCGAUGCCAUUAGUUCUUUACACUUCUACCCUGCUAUGUUUGGCCUCUGGAUAUACGUCACCGAAGAGGAGAGCAGUGUUUCUCGGCAAAGGAUCUGGGAUACUCAUGGUGCUGUCCCCGACGACAACUCGGAGGAUGAAGAUACUGCUGCCGAGCUGCACGGUCAUGCUAGCUCCAGGCAGAAAACAAAUGCGAUGAUUGCUGGUGUUAGGAAAGGCGAGCUGGACCAAGCGCAAAAGAUCGCAGCAAGGAUGGACGAGAUUCUCGGGUCUCCUCCCUAUUCUGAUUCCCCUGAGUUGUUGGAGCUUAGGGGAAUGGUAUCACUCUGGAUAGCUGAUCUUUUCGUCUCGUCAUUACCUUAUGGACAAAAGGACGAAUAUAUGGACGAUUCCGAUUUCGAAGACGACAGUUCAGAAUCCGCAGAUGACAUUCAAGAUUCGCUCCAAGAACGGCGGGAACGCCGGCUUGCGAUCGAGAGGAAAGAAUCCGAGGUACAGAAAUCUCAGGAUUAUUUUGAGAAAGCCAAACAGCGUGGCAAAGGGGUCACCUCUACUUUCAAUGACCUGAAUAUUGAUGAUGACGCUUCAUUUGGGUAUAUGGAUUGAUAACUUGAGCAAGGUGGUAUACAUAUUACAUAUUCCUUAUUUGAGAUCACAUAG